AUUUCUCAUUUCACUUAUUUCUUUCAUUUCUAUCUGUCGUGCGAAGUUCUCUGCGGUUAAUUUUCUUUGAUUAAUUAUUUAUUGUUGUAAUAAGAGAUCCUUUAAAAUGGGCAAAGGUUUUAAUAAUUACAUGUGUAAAAAGUUUUUCCAUCCUGCUUCGCGAGAUAAUCUGAAGAGGGUGUGGAUGGCCGAACAGAAAACCAAAUCACUAAAAAUAAAGGAAGAAGAAUUGAAAAACCAAUACGAAAAUGAACAAGAUUUAUAUAACAACAAAGCGUUGUUAUGGAAAGAUAGUAAAGAAAAGCUCACACUCAACUUCAUGUACGAAGCUCCUCCAGGUUUAGUUAAGGAGGAAACUAAAGACGAUCUCGAGGAAAAAGAAGGCACGAUGAAGUUCGAAUGGCAGAGAAAAUUCAAUGCUCCUCGUGAAGAUUAUUGUAAAGGAGAUACCGAAAUCAGAGAUCAGCCGUUCGGUAUCCGAGUCAGGAAUGUUCGGUGUAUCAAGUGCCAUAAUUGGGGUCAUUUGAAUACUGACAAGGAAUGUCAUUUAUUUAACAAAUCGGUCGAAGAUUUCGAUACUCCUGCUACUACUCGUACCGUUCGAGGUUACGAAAAAGAAAUGGAAUUCUUGAAAAAAUUAAGUACCGAUGAGCAACUGAAAAUAUUCAAAGAAUUAAAAAAAUUAUUGAAGAAAAAAGAAAGAGGCGUCGAUAUGAAGAAAAAACUGAAAAACGUCGUAAAGUCGUCGAAAUGAUAUGGUUAUAAUAUAUCAUUGUGUUAUAGUUAAAUUCUGUGAAUUUGUUACACGGUGUACGAAAAUGUAUAUACAUAUCUAUCUACUAUACCUACAUAUGGCUAGAAUAUGUACAUAUCAUAUUCUAUCUAAGGAAUGUAUUAUACGAUCAACGAUGUACUAUACGAAGUAAUUAUUUUUGUAAUGUUACCCUGUAAUGAAGUUGUCGAAAUGAUACAGUUAGAAUACCUAUCUGUAAUUAUUAAUAUAUUUAAGAAUUUUUUAUACGAUGUGCAUUUUGUAUUAUAUUUUAUUUGUUGAUA